UUAACGCCACACGGGACCCCCUUUGUUUCAUUUCAGACACGUUACAAUUCAUUCACGAAAAACAAGCUUUCCCCGGUUUAUUGCACCAAUGUAGUUCCAGCAGGUAUUCUGGGCGGGGCUUAGAUCUUAGGUGUGUAAGGAAGAGGUCGAUUCAGGUGUUUCAACCUUCUCGACGACACGGGAAGAAAGAUUUAGAAUAGGCUACCUAUCAAGCCUACUUUUACAUAUAUAUUUUUUUAUUAUUUAAAACCUCCUGCUGCUUUUUACCGUAAAUAUUGGAUACUUAAUUUUGCAGAACCUUUGGGAACGGAAACAGACGAGGCACAAACAAGGGGUCUGUGCGCGUUUGGAGGAUGCAUUCCGCCAGCUAUGGAUACAGCGUAAGUGUGGUCAAAUGUUACCUUGUUCAACACAAUCUUGGGCGUCAUUGAUAAUGUCAAUAGUUUUGUCCCUAUAAGAGACAGGCAGUUUGAUUACUCACCCCCAUAUUCCUCUCAGGGACCAGGAGCUCCUUUUGUGUUUUUAUUAGCAGCUCUGUGCAUGUUUUCACGAUAAGGCCUAAAAUAGCCUGACUGACUCACCAAACCCUAUUGCCUUCAUUUGACCUUUGAAAGUGUCUGUCAGAACGUCUAUCAUGUUUAUGAUAGUGUAAAGUUUUAUCUUUGACAUAGAAAGUUGGUAUGAAAUUAAACUGUACAGACCACUUGACCUGUGUUGAAACUGUUAUGCAUAUGCAGACCACACCUGCACUGCUAUCACUGUGACAGAAACAAGCCUGCCAGAUCAAGCUGUAGUAGAAACACUGUAUCAUAUAAAAAGUAGGUAUUAUACUUAAUAAUGUUACUGGAAUAUGUUUUUCCUUUUUUGAAGAUCCCUGAAUAUCAUUUACUUAGGUUAAUUUCAAUGUGUUAAACAUAAUGCUUGUCAUCCAUAUUGGGAAAUAGUGUAGCACCUAGUUUUGUGUCUAGUUUCUGUUCGGCCCCCACUCAAAGGUGUGGUGCAGCACCGGCAGCAAAACUGCUGGCAGGUAGUCACUGCCAUAUCAUGUACAACCUUUAGGCUGCAGUCGUGAUCAUUAACAGUUGUAGCUUAGUAUAACACACUGAAAUGUUAUUGAUUGAGUUAAAAAUGUCAUGAGUAUGAGGGUGUGCGACUGUUUUCAGAAAUAUAACACAGUAAAAAAGUUGCCUUGGUGGUUUAAAGGGAUUUAAGUUCAACCAAUUUGGGCUCAUAACUGUUCUCAAAAUCCCCAAUGCCUCUUGUUGUGCAAUAUUUAAACAGGCGUGUAUUUUAAGAGAUAAUUGGAUGUGAAAACUGUGGAAAGCUUAUUUUUCCUAACCCAUAGGUCAAAUUCUCCUGAAGCAUGCAUACAUUAUGUAAAUCUCCAUCAUACACUUCUUGUUUCUACAUAAUUCUGUCUUGUUUGAGACGCAUAAAAUACCAGCGGAGGAUGUGGGCUGCAAAUAGUGUCAAACGGCCAAAGGUGAGCUUCACUCUGCAAAGGGAUUCAUUAAUGGUUACAAGGCUUUGGUCAGUGCUGCUGGAAUUCAGCAGCUCUUUUCCUCCAUUAUUUGACAGCUAACAGCUUCAUGAAAAACAGUCCUCAGUACACACAGUAGUGUGCAAAUAUGUGUGGUGUACACAAUACAAACAGUUAGAUGUUUCUUGCUUAAUAAAACAUGACAUUUACAAGAAGUCUCCAAGGUAGUAGCUUAAAAAAGUACUCUUACUUGUCAGUGCUGUUUUCCCACUCAGCUGAAAGGAUGCCCACUCUGUGAGGUAUGCUACACAAACAUGUUCUUACUUGACCCCUUCUCUACGGUGGGGACAUAGGGAAAGACUCAAGAGUUAUCUCCCCAUAAUUCUUGGUGCUCUGAAAAUAUGUGUGCACUGUGCAGUGUGCUGUAGAUUUGAUUAAAUCCUAGAUCCAGAUCAAUCACCAUGUUGUUGUUUCAGCUGAUUUAGGUGUCAAAAUGGUACAAUUUUGCAUAUUUAUAGACCUUAACUCAAUCUAUUUUUGUCCAGCUCUAUAAUGUUAAGUCAUAUUUUAUGCAUAAAGUAUGCAUCAACAAAAUAAAGAGUCAUUAUCAUGGAUGCUUUCAAAAUAUCAUGCUGUUAAGGAAAGGAAAGGCCUUGAGUUUAAAUUUAAUUGAAGAUAUCACGGCAAAAAAUAGUACCUGUAAGUUUAAGGGCAGAAGUGUGACAUUUUGUCUUACAUUGUUUUUCACGAUAUUCCAUACACAAGUUUUCUCUCAUACACUUAAUUGAGUACACUUUGUUGAUGAAGCUAUUUCUGUUUCCAUUUUGAAUAAUGAUAACGGACACAUUUGCUCUUUAACGUUAGCCUUUGAUAAAGUUACUUUUUUGAACCAGUAAACAUCUACUGUAUGUCAAAUGAGCAUUGCUCUUAACUGUGAAUAUUUGAUGACUCAUUGACAGUGAGGUUAGCCAUACAGUACCGUAGAUACUGGAUCACAUGGUAAUACUAUGAUUAAUAUAGCCUUCCUGUUCUCUGUUUCUGUGGUGAGUCAGCAGAGUGAGUAAAUAGUUCUUCAGGCAAGGCCACGCUGCUUUUCUCUAGAUUCUCAUGCUACACUCCAAGGGCAGCCAUGUUGAAAUUGAGCAAUUCUGUUGCAGUAAAUAGCAUUUUCAAGUCAAGACUUCUAUUAUUUACUACAUCGAAUGAUGCAUUCACAUGAACAGUGAUAGACUUUGAAAUUAGUUCGAUUUAGGUUUGAUAAGAACUUUAUUUAUUAAUUUAUGUAUUUUAGGUGAGGUGAUAAUAAGUUUUACACAGUUUCAGGAUGGAGCCAACACUGUUUCUCCCAGCUACCUGCUAAAUAACUUCCCUCACAGGGCCACUGUUAGGCAGGAUGUCUGUGAAGUUUUUGAAAGUAUAAGGUAUUUAGGAGGCUAAUGAAGCCUAGAUUUCAUUGAUUUGCUUUUGGCUGCAGUUAAAUGGAGAACUCCACCAACCUUCAUGAAAGCCUGUUUGUUAGGAGAGAUGAGUUGUCUAAAGCCUGUUGGGGCUCAGCGGGGAAGAUAAAGUCUGAUUAAUUGCCGCAAGUGAUGUCGCUUUAGGCAGCAUCAGCUGUGUCUGUAGAUUAGUUUGAAUUUUAGACGAAAAAACAUGUCAGGGUGAGGCAAGACAAAAGUGAACGUACCACCAGACUGCUUUGGGCGAGGGACUGGAGGCUAUGUUAGGCGCUGGAAGCAUCACACCUGACUCCUUGUCAGCUGUCAGGUUGCAGUGUGGGUAGUGUAGUCAGCAGGCUGAAGGAAAGUAUGAAUGCCUGGAAUGAACUGCAUAACUUCAGCUGGUUCUGCAGCAACACCUACCUAACUCUAAAAGUGUCCAUUGUAAGUUUAACAGUGCUUUGGGGCAAUGCAUAUGGAUGUUAGCACUCUGACCUGACCCCCAAACCCGUGAUAGGUUGCUCAGUGUCAUUUUAAAUUGCCCCACAGGACACACUCAAAGUAUCUAUACUCAAAAUAGCUCUCAAAAUUUAUUGACUAGAUUUACCACCCAAGAAAUCAUGCUUGGUGGUCUGAAUUUUAAAAAGAUGACACUCCCUGAAGAAAAUAUUUAUACCGUAUAUUUUAUUUAAAAACAAACUCAAGACCUAACUUUUUCAUCUUGCUUAUAUCUAAAUUUUAUAUCGUUAACUUAAUUUUGUUUGAGUGUUUUAGCAUUUAUCUCUUUCUGGUUUUAAUGUUAGGAUCUUCUUUUAUUGUUGGAGCCCCAACCAAGUAUCGAGUGUAGAAAUGAAAUUAUGUUCAUUAGUUGGAAAUUCUUUUUCAAACCCUUGAUUAAUAUAAUUUAAUAUAAUUUAUAGCUGAUUUUUCAUGAUGUAUGAGCCAAAAUGAUCAAAAAAAAGCAAAAAAAAAAGCUUGAAAUAUUGUUCUUUACAUUUAAUGAAUAUAAGAAUGGAUAAAAGUCAACCUUCAUGAAUUAAAGGGAUAUUCCAGCAUAAAAUCAAUUAAGGGUCAAACACCGAGUUAGAAGCUUGCUUCUCUAGUUAUACCAACUUUAUAACGACUGCACGAUAGCAAUACACAGCGGUCUGAGGAGCCAUAAACAAACCUCAACCAAAAAAGCCAUUCUAUAACUACAAAUAAUGCUCAGAACAGCACCUAACUUCAGCAACAGUACAUAUAGGGUACCAGCCAUAGCACUAGCCAUCAAACAUUUUUUUAACUUUGCCGAAUUUCUUUAGCAAAGAGACUAAACACAACUCACCUACUCUCUUCCAGCAGCCGCUUGUUUGUAGUGAGACCUCAGGCCAGUCCAUUACGGACUGCUGCGGGGGGAUGCAGCUCAAGGAAGAACAUUUAAGAUCAUUUCUUUAUCGUUUCCUUGAAGUAAUAAUUAUCAUAUUAAUCAUAUUGCACUGCAGAUGCAGUAGUUCUUCUGCCUUAGUGUCUCGGUCUGAUUGCAUUUCAUUGAAGAAAUCAAUCAAAACAUCAAUCAAAAACAUGCCAAAAACUCCAACAUGUUAAACCCCAACAUGCAAGUUUUACUGAAUUAUUGAUACAUAUAGUAACCUAAUCUGCUGCCGUAUGUUAGGCCAUGUUUGUGAUGGUCAAAACUCAGGCAUCAUCACCAUUUCAAUGUUAGUCAAUAAGACGGGUCAAGAAAGUUCAGUUGUUGGAGAUUUAUCUUCGCAUAAGUAUUUAGAUGCUAUUAAAAUAUUAAGAAAACACUAGCUCCAACUGUUUUGCUUUUCCCGUAUUAGCAAAUGUUCAUCAAGUGAACAUUAUCUACUCUCUACGUUCUAUAUUGUGAUGCAUACAGAAGUAAGAAUAAGGUCCCAAAGCUAUAAAGGGAAUCAAACACCCGAUAUGACAAAAUAUCUGUAUUAGAGAUCUGUGUUCAUGUGAUUACAUUUAUGAGAACCAGCCUUAAAGCCACGCAGCAGAUCUCUGCAUGAAGGAGACCUGCUGUUUUUUUCUUGGACCACACCUCACAGCAUUUUUAUCACACUUGUCAAACUGGUUCGCCUUCUUUGAGACACUCUGCUGUACAUACGCUACAAAAUCAUCCCUCACUUCUCUGUUUGCCAGAAAUCUUGACAACACCAAUCUGAAAGCCUUUUCUGCAGACCACAUUGUUCUUGUGUUGAACAUUAACUGUUUGUUUUAGUUUGUGUCAGCGGGUUGGGGCUUUUCUUCAUCUUUUCAACGUUGUGAAACAGACAGUAUUUCUUCCUGAGGAAAUAGACUGAGAACAGAACUGGGCCAGUGUUUCAUUUAAAAAAAAGGCUACAUAUAGACUAAAAACAAGAUAGUAUUUCUUUUUGGAGUGCAGAAUGGGAUAUGAUGAAGAGCAUGUAAUGGUUUUAUUAGGCUGUGAUCAGGGUGGGCUGAGACCCCGCAGCGCUUGCUGACCCCCAUCUCUAAUGAUUUCCUUCAUUCGGGCCCAUGAUUGCUGUUAGAGAUUCCAAUUAGAAAGCAUGUGUGAAGGCCCGAGCCGGGUAAGAAUAGGCUUUAAUUGCCAUGAGUUAUCAUCUAGACUCGUGUAAUUGAGCCCCCAUCUUAAGGGGCAGCACAUCUGACAAAUUGAUUUAAUACCAAAGUGAUUCUCCAUCCCUAAUGGCACCCGGGCUUCUUCAGGCACUGAAUUCAUUGUGUGUUGAUUACAAAGCGGCCUGAAACCUUUCUCUCUGUCCGCCCACUUGAGAGAGCCUAACAACAGACACACAUGCAGUAUCGACAGACACACACACACACACACACACACACACACACACACACACACACACACACACACACACACACACACACACACACACACACACACACACACACAGCCUGAAGCAACAAGCCCAUCAUUACUACAAGGUAACCUGUAGAUGUUAUGCAAUUUUCACAUGCAUGUAUGUUUUCAUGAGAGUGGGAGCUCAGUAAUGUUUACUGAACAAGUUUUACCAGUUUUAUAAAAUGUAAAGUGGGGUACAUGCUGCCAGUCUCAACUCGCACCUCGUGAAAAUUAGAUUAAAGCUUACAUGUCACAUUUUUUACUGUUGUGUCAUAGUUUAGCAGUUUAAUUUCGACAUUCGUGUUCAUUUGACAAAAUCUAGCAGAUUAGUGGCUCUGCGAGUACUAACCUGCCCAACAUGUCUCUGUACGCCUGAGAUUAGCAACAGACCAGUGUGUGACUCAGUGAGGCAUUUAUCACGUCCUGUAUUGGAUUAACAUGUUUACAGCCUUACACAUAUUGCAGGGAUGGAAAAAUCCCAACAAUGUCAACAACCUAUAGUAGUCUGCUACUGUAAAAUUAGGAGUUUUCCAGAAAAAAUAUCCUGCAGUUCUGAAUUCCACAGGAUAUGGAGGCAAUAUGUUACAGUAAAAUACUGUUGUUAAAUACAGCCCAUAAUCACUUUUGGGGAUUUUUUAGAAAUGACACUAUAAUCAUAGAAAUGAAAUGAAAAUGUUGGAUCUCAAGUCAAGAAGUUAAAGUGGAGUAACACUGACCAUAACUCAACUCUAUUGAUAGGUUAUUUAUUCUUAAAGAAACAGUUGCAAAACAAGUGAACAUGGACAAAUAUGUCAUUAACUGAUCAACAUAGAUUAUCCUUCACAACGUAAACUUUUUUAUUGUCUUGUUUAAGCUUUUAUAACUUAGUUUAGAAGAAAUUUCAUGUAGACAUAUCAGCACUCAAAUGUCUAUGUUAGAAUUUGUUCUUAGUUAACAAAGUAAGAAAACUUUGUUGAAUAUGAGAAUCUCUUUUAGAAAUUGUAUUAGUGUGCUGUAAGAAGAGCUUCUACUUAAAACUGGCCAAUGACUGAUGUCUGUUGUCGUAUUUUGGUCAUCCAUCUGUCCAUUUACCAUCUUUGAAUCUAUACUUUGGUUAGUCUGUCCCAUUCAUCAGUUUGUUUGUAGUGAAAUGUAUUAUUUUGAAAUGUUUAUGGAUAAAAUAUGUCCCCUCUUUCUCAGCCUGGCCACCUGGCGACACUUACAGUUUCACUCAAAGGGAAAUAUUGACGGAUGUGAAGCGUGGACAUAAAACCACAGAGCCUCACAUCCUAAGGGCAGCAUUUCUCGAUCUGUAACUGUUAUUGAUGCUGGUCUUAAAAAAUAACACCCUACACCGUACAAUUGUCACAGUUUAAUUAAAGUUGUUUCUGCUUGUUUGCUUACUGUGUAUCUUUCUUUUGCGUCUUCAGGGUCCUAAUGGCCAUUAUGCAUCUGGCAAGGAGACGGGGUCAAAGAAGAAGAUCUGCAUCGCUAUCGGAGUUCUUGUGGCGCUUCUUGUCCUAGCAGCUAUUGCAGCGUUCCUUAUUUGGCUGUUUGUCUGUGAGUAUCGUUGAAAUCUAUCCUCUACUUUGUCAUCAAUUGAAGGGACUAUGGACUGUAGAGUUCAGUACUAUAUUCUAAUAUGAAAAUUUAAUGUUACAUAAGAUAUGCAAUGAACUUUUUUCAUGUGUCAGGAUUAUUCUUGAUCACAUUAAAGGAGAAACUUUGGGUAUUUAUAAUUCUGCCAUCAGUUACUGCCAAACUGGGCAUAACAUCAGAAAACUGUAAAGUGGAUCAUUCCCACUUGUUGUUAAGGCGCAGUUCUUUGAUAUGAAAGUGUAAGAGUGGCUUGUUUGGACUUUGUAAUUUCCCAUUAGUGUUAGCCUAUUUGACAGCUCCGACACUUUCCUUUUAAUAAUGCAUCGGAGAAAAAUGUCACAGAGUCCAUGGCACAGCUUCGCACAUCUGAUAAAAAGGCCUCUGAAGUCUUGAUAAACAGCCUCUUGAUUCAGCUGGCUGUUUUAAUUGCUCUGAGAGCCAAACUGUCUUCUCAGUACGACAUCACGCUUCACAACUUUAAAAUAAUGCUCCAAGGCCUGUUUAAAAACCCAGAGCCUUCUCUUUCAUCAAAGGCAGCUAUCAUACAGCAUUUUGUUGAUCAAACACUGAAGUCUCAUUUGCCUCUCUCCCCUAAGUUAAAGAUGCUGAUUCAGAUGCCACCAUAAGUAAGCAGCUCAGCCCAUCGACACGGGUCUUCAGUGGGCAUAUGAAGUUGGCCGACGUGAAGUAUAGCGAUAAGCUGGAGAAUACCAAGAGCAAGGAAUUCGAGGAAUUAGCAGAGAAGCUGGAGGCAGUUGUGAGUCUGACACCCCAAAGACAUGACUUUCCUAUUCUUUCUCCCUUUCUGUAUUGUGUAUUUUGCGCUAUUUUGAGCUAAGUGUUACACCCGCUUCCCUUUUCUCACUACAGAUUAGUAGUGGAUGUUGUUUGGCAUUGUGGAAAUGCUUUUUUAGAAACGCCCCUCCUAGUGCAGAGAAACUGCUGAAGGCACAUUUGCGUGGGUGGAAUAAAACUCUGUACAUUCCCUCAGUAAUUCCCUCAACAGCAUCUCCCAUUAUUGGAGGCAGUGGAGCUGUUUGUAGCACCACUUAGGAGCAUGUUUUGAUAGCAAAAAAGCAUUCACUCAAACACCAUCAAGCGAGCACUUGCUCAGUGAAAAGCAACAGAAGUGAGGGUGUUAGGUGAGGAUUACAGAGUAAGUGGUGGACCGGAAUAUGAGAUGACUAGAUAAAUGAAGAGGGUAAGCUUUAUGAUAUGGCAGGUUUGCACUUUCAUACAACUAAAAGGCCGGCUUUUGAGGAUUACUAUCAGAGACAGGUUGCCGUCAACAUCACACGUACAAUUUGUCAAAAAUAAAUGCUAGUAAACAGCACUACAAGAAAAUGUGGAUGUUGUGAUUAUGUACUUAUACCGGUAAAAGUAUCAGUACUUCUAAGUUCCAAUUGGUCUAUCAGUUCCAGUCCUGGUAUCGGCCUAUAAUACUGCAGGGUUUCCCAGUUUACCAGUCAUAAUAUCAUAAUUUAGAAGCUCCACCUAAAUAUCAUCAGGUAUCAGCAUAACCCAUCAGUGUUUCUCUGCAGAAAAGGCUUAUCUUGUAUAAAGUAUUUCAGUAGUUUAAGCGGUGUUCUAGGUAUCUGAUAAUAUUCAAGUUAUUAAUGUUGGUAUUGGUAAAAUAAAAGUGUGCUGGAACAUUUCUCUGCUCUGUGAAUCCAGCUGCACCUGUCCUUUCAAACUGUCUUCCAGCAUUUUAUUCCCCACCGUGCCCCUCUGAUGGGUUUAGUAUAAUGGCACAUGGUUCAUCUGGUAUAAUGGCAUAUUUGAUGUUGCUGACUUGAACUUUAGAGCUGGCCGUUUUUCAAAGAAAAAACUCUCGAUAUUUCAUUUUAUGAUAAUUGACCACUUUGUCCCGUGAACAACCCGUUUCCUCUUUCACCGUGUCAUUUUCUGCUUUUAUCACCAAACCAAACGAAACCUGCUCAUCCCCUGCAGUCGCUUUUCUUCUUCUUCUUUUUAUUCUAACCCUUUUCUCAAUGAGUACUUGCUCUUAAGUUAGAUAACACUGCACAUUUGUAAAAUAUAGCACUGACCCCCAUUUAAGAAUGCAAAGUCUGUCUGCUGCUCCAUCUGAAACAGUUUGCAGCUCUCUACAGCUAAAGGCAAGGCAGCUAAUUCAGAUGUAGCAUGCUUUUCAUGGAAGUCAGUUUUAUAUUUUGACAUGCUAAUUUUGUUCUAUGUCUUCAGGCUGUCAAGCACAAAUGUUGUACAUGUUCUUUUCAUUAAAAUAAUACUUUUUUUCUCUUUGCAGCUGGAGGAAAAUUACAAUACAGAUCCAUUGUUCGCUAAAUACUACACCAAGUCUGCGGUGACUGCAUUCAGGUACCGUCAAGCUUUUUAG